GAAAUUGACCUCCUCUCACCCCCCCUCCUCAGAUCCAAGCUCUUAGCAGUCCUGGCAGAAGUAGCCUCAGGACAGGACAGCAGCAGGGACAGAGGAACAAGGCACCGAGGACAGAGGUCUCUCGCCUGUCAAAAUGCCCAUCCUGAAGAGUCUAGGGAGCGCAGAUUCUAAGGUGCCCCGGGCAGGGACCCUGCCCCGGAGGACCUCUGGGAACCCCUUUGAGGAAGUUCCGGGGCUGGAAGAAGAGGAGGCUGGGCGGCUGGGGACCCUGCCCAACGGAACAUCAUGCGGCCGCCGCGCCACCCUGGAGAAGCUGGCAGGCCUGGCCACCUUCCGACUGGGCUGGAACCCCGGCCGGCGGGCAGGCAGCCCCGGCAACGGGCAGGCCCGCUCGUUCCUGGGCCGCGUGCUGACACCGGGCAUACGCAGGAGCUCAGCAGACUUUGGCCUCCUGGCCAGGUUUCAGGGGACCCGAGCCCAGGGUGAUGAGGAGGCCACCGGGGAUGCCGCCAGGAGGCUGGCCUUCCUGAGACUGGGGCGCGGGCCCAAGCCCCGGCGGGCCUCGCUGGCCGAGAGGGUGGUGCCUGCUGGCGAGGCGGCUCCAGAGCCUCCACCCAAGGUCCCAGAGCCACCAAAGAUGAAGGAGCCCUUGUCAGUGCUGGAAAUCCUGAGUCUGAUCCAGCAGCGCGAGCUCGCGAGGGCCGACGAGCACAUCUUGGAGCUGGAGGCCGAGGAGCUGGCGUCGUCGGGGGGCGGCGCGCCCGGGCCGCCCAAGGUGGAGGGCGCAGGCGGGGGCCGCCGCGCGCGGGACGUGGCGCUGCUGUACGAGGCCCUGCAGCGCGAGCUGUGGGCGCUGGUGCGCGAGACGCUGGCGGGCCCCGGGCCGGGCGUGGGCGCCGGGGCGGGCGCCGUGGCGCAGCUGGGCCAGGUGCUGCUGCAGGAGGAGGCGGCGGACGGGCGCCGGGGGCCCGGGGCGGCCCGCAAGCUGCGCGCCCGCUGGGCCGAAGCCGUGGCGCGCGCGGCGCGGGAGCGCCUGGAGGCGGCGACACCCGGGGCCCCCGGGGGCCUGGCGGCGCAGCUGGAGGCGCUGCGGGCGCGGCUGCUCGAGGACAUGGGCGUGGUGCGGGGCCGCCUGGUGCCCGCCUACCCCGCGGGCUUGGGCGCCUUCGGCGUCUACUUGCGCGGCUACCACGGCGCGCUGGCCGACUGGGUGGGCGCCGCCGCCCGCCGGAGGCUGCCGCUCGCCGACCGCUACGCGCUGCUGCACUGGCACCACCAGGUGUACCCCAGGGAAGUCUUGGGGCUGGUGGACAUGGUCGCCCUGGAGAAUGGGGAACUUGGGUCCCUUCUGUCACCUGGCACCGUGCGAGGCUUGGAGGAUGAAUGUCUCACGGAUGUGAAGGCUCAGACUGGGGCAGCCCUGCUUCGGGCGCUGCAGGAGGACGAGGAGCUCUGGGGGAGCUCGGAGGACCGGCCCAGCAACCUGGCCCAGGACGUGUGUGAGCUCCUGGAGGAGCACACGGAGCGAGCGCCCUGCAUCAGCCAGGGCUUCGGGGAGCGGAUGGCCCACUGCUGCCUGAGGGGGCUGGCAGAGUUCCUGCAGAGCUUCCAGCAGCGCGUGGAGCGGUUCCACGAAAACCCAGCCGUCCGGGAGCUGCCACUGGACACUUACAUCAGCAGGACCAUCACCCUGGUCAACUGCGGCCCCCCCUUGAGGGCCCUGGCAGAGCGCCUGGCUCGGGUGGGGCCCCCCGAAAGUGAGCCGGCCCGGGAAGCAGCAGUCAGCGCUCUGGACCGUGUGACCCGGCUCUGCCACCGGGUGCUGGUUGACCUCCUGUUCCAGGAGCUGCAGCCACACUUCAACAAGCUGAUGCGCAGAAAGUGGCUGAGCAGCCCGGAGGCCCUGGAUGGCAUCGUGGGCACAUUGGGCGCCCAGGCUCUGGCCCUGCGCCGGAUGCAGGAUGAGCCUUACCAGGCGCUGGUGGCGGAGCUGCACCGGAGGGCGCUGGUGGAGUACGUGAAGCCCCUGCUCCGCGGGCGCCUGCGCUGCGGCUCGGCGCGGACCCGCAGCCGCGUGGCCGGGAGGCUCCGGGAGGACGCGGCGCAGCUCCAGAGGCUGUUCAGGCGGCUGGAGUCGCAGGCCUCCUGGCUGGAUGCUGUGGUGCCCCACUUGGCUGAAGUCCUGCAGCUGGAAGACACGCCCAGCAUCCAGGUGGAGGUGGGGGUGCUGGUUCGGGACUACCCAGACAUCAGGCAGAAGCACGUGGCCGCCCUCCUCGACAUCCGCGGCCUGCGAAACACAGCGGCCCGCCAGGAGAUCCUGGCCGUGGCCCGGGACCUGGAGCUGCCGGAGGGGGAAGCCCUGCUGUCGCCUCAGGACCGCGCCUUCUUCGCGGACAUCCCUGUGCCCCGGCCGCCUUGCUGCCUCAGCCUCCCUCUCCUCCUGUGCUGCCUCCCAGUCUCGGGGCUGGCCAGGCCCAGUCUGGCCCGGCUGCCCAGGCUUCGGCCUCUAUCUCCACCAGGGCCCCGGGCCCAGCGCUGAGACUCUCCCAGCCUCCUCCUCGGUGCCCCAUCUUUGCUGCUGAUACACCGUCCCCCCGACCCUGCCUGGGACCACAGACCCCUGCGAUGGAGAGGUCCUCAGAGGCCUUCUCGC